UACAGAUGUCAUUCUUCAGAAGUACUUCUGUUGUUUGGAGUGCCUGCUCGCAGAUCUCCCCAGACUUUCUUCGUUAUUGGUUUCUUCUCGCUUCAUUUCGCAAUUGGCCCUGUUGAGAGAAUGAUGAGUUCCGUGACUACUUCGAUGAAAAUCCGAGGUUUUAGCUUUAAGUGGGUUGUCAUCGCUGCUGCUUUGCUGGUUAGCAUUUGGUGCAGUGGAUGUGCCUUGGGAGCACCACUUCCGUUGGCUGACUCGAGCAAACCGUCCAAAGAAGUCGUUGAUUCAGUCACAUACGAAACAGCUCUGGAAUGGAUGAAAAAGUACAAGGUUUGGAAACCAGGACAUGACAACAACUUCACCUAAAUGAUCUCAGAGGUACAGCGCAUGGCUGGGUUAAGUGUCACCGGGGAAUUGGAUUUCGACACCAAAAAACUGAUUGUUAUUCCUCGAUGUGGAAAUGUGGAGUACAACGACAAGCCACACCGAUAUGGAGAGGCAAAGGGAAGAAACAAACGUUUUGUUUACUUUCAAAACUACGUGGACCUGUUUUGUGAAGCUCGAAGGCAAAUGAUCUUCACAAUUAUGUUCCACCGAAGAUCUGCUGCGGGGCAAAUUUCAAUGCUGAGCAGAAUGUUGGGACGGUUGGCAAAUUAUGUUCCCGCCGGAACAAGAUGCCGAAUCACUAAGCGCUCGACUCAAGCCGACCCAAAAGGCCGAGUUCUUGUACGAUUUUUGAAAGGAAACCAUGGUGACCCCUCUCCAUUUGAUGGAAAAGGCGGAACAUUCGGACAUGUGUUUUAUCCAAAUUCCAGCAAGGAUUCCCCUGUUGAGAUCCAUUUUGACGACGAUGAAACUUUCACCACUGGAACAGUCAAGGGCAUCAACUUAGACUGGGUGGCAGCUCAUCUGCUUGGACAUAUUAUGGGUCUGAAUCACUCCAGCAAUCAGGAGUCCAUCAUGUACCCCUGGUACAAAGGUUAUCUGCCGGACUAUAAGCUAAGCAGGGAUGAUAUUCAACAGAUACAGGCCCUGUUUGGCACAUCAACAACUACUGGAGAGACAAAGUUUCCAAGACUUUUAAAACAAGCUCUGAAACCACGCCCAAAAACAAGCGACGAGGAGAUAACUAAAGCUUCAAAAGCGAAAGUAAUUGAAGCCUAGUUGGUAACCAAGGCAACAAACAACGAGGCGACAGCCAAACAGAUGUUAGAAGCGUAGCCAAUCAGAACGAUUGUUUCUAAACGCCUCUUGAUUAGUUUUAGCGGGUAUCAUUUUCAGGAAGCCUUUCAUAGUCCUCAAAUAAAAGUAUUUGUUCCCUAAGUAGAUUGAUUUUUUUUUUAACUGAUCUGUAGGUCUAUGCUCUGGCUUAAUAAAUCUUACAUCCCAAACAUA